AGGGAGGCGGGGGAGCCUGCCUCGUUGCUCCCUCGGCCUGAGGCGCUGGACCCCCGCGCGAAGCUGUUUGAGACCCAAAGUAGUGCUUUGACUCAAAAAAGGAAAAACAGUUGCGGGUCGAAGUUAAUCUACCAAAGUGUAAGAUGUCGGCUGCAUCGUAGCCCGUGUGGUUAAGAAUCACAUCUAAGGUCGAGGCUGGUUAAACCCUAAGAUGAAAACUGAUCUCUGUUUGAGCUCUGAAGGGACUGAAGUGAUUUUAGCCACAUCAAGUGAUGAAAAACACCCACCUGAAAAUAUUAUUGAUGGGAAUGCAGAAACGUUUUGGACCACCACAGGAAUGUUUCCCCAGGAGUUUGUUAUUUGUUUUCACAAACACGUAAAAAUCGAAAAGCUCAUAAUCCAGAGUUACUUAGUGCGGACCUUGAGGGUUGAAAAGAGCACAUCUAAAGAGCCUGUUGGAUUCCAGCAGUGGAUUGAAAAAGAUUUAGUGCACACAGAAGGACAGCUUCAAAAUGAGGAAAUUACGGCACACGAUGGCCAUGCUACUUACUUGAGAGUCAUUAUUCAAUCAGCCUUCGAUCAUUUUGCAUCUGUGCAUAGCAUUUCUGCAGAGGGAACGGUAGUCUUAAAUUCUUCUUAGUAAUUACACAAAGAUGCUCUUACGAGAUUUUUUUAGCAAUGUAUUUAUUUAAAAGCAAAGCUGUCAUUGAUAUACUUUAUUAAAAGGAUUUGUCAACCUG